GAGUAUUACGCGCUCAUUCAUUGAACAGCGCUUUGCUAGUGCACGCGUAACGAGUUCCUAGAAGUGAUCAUCCCGUUCGAGAAAAAAGAAAAAGGAAUUAAGUGAAGCAAUUAGCAGUCACACGGUUAAGUGUUCAAAAUCCUUAAAAACUAGUUUAAUCACACGAAGAUGGCAGCCAAGGCACCAGCAGUCGGAAUCGAUCUCGGAACCACCUACAGUUGUGUGGGAGUUUUCCAACAUGGCAAGGUGGAAAUUAUUGCAAACGACCAAGGUAACCGGACGACGCCGUCCUACGUUGCAUUCACCGAUACGGAGCGUUUGAUCGGUGACGCAGCCAAAAACCAGGUCGCCAUGAACCCGACGAAUACAAUCUUCGAUGCUAAGCGACUGAUCGGUCGCAAAUUCGACGAUAGCACCGUGCAGGCCGAUAUGAAACAUUGGCCUUUUGAAGUUGUGUCUAUCGAGGGCAAACCAAAGAUUCAGGUCGAAUACAAGGGUGAGACGAAGAACUUUUUCCCAGAGGAAAUCAGUUCGAUGGUUCUAACCAAAAUGAAGGAGACUGCCGAAGCUUACCUGGGUAAGACGGUAACCAAUGCCGUCAUUACCGUUCCCGCUUACUUCAACGAUUCUCAGCGUCAGGCAACCAAAGAUGCCGGAACGAUCGCCGGGUUGAAUGUCUUACGUAUCAUCAACGAACCGACAGCAGCAGCCAUCGCUUACGGACUGGACAAGAAGACCGCUGGCGAACGAAACGUGCUUAUCUUCGAUCUUGGCGGAGGUACGUUCGAUGUUUCGAUUCUGUCGAUUGACGAUGGUAUUUUCGAGGUCAAAUCCACCGCUGGUGACACUCAUCUUGGUGGAGAGGAUUUCGAUAACCGGCUGGUAACUCAUUUUGCUCAGGAAUUCAAGCGGAAGCACAAGAAAGAUUUGUCCACCAACAAGCGUGCCCUGCGUCGUCUGCGUACGGCGUGCGAACGUGCGAAGCGUACUUUGUCAUCGUCGACUCAGGCUAGCAUUGAGAUCGACUCGUUGUUCGAGGGUACCGACUUUUAUACCUCGAUUACCCGUGCUCGUUUCGAAGAGCUGAACUCGGAUCUUUUCCGUUCAACAAUGGAACCGGUCGAGAAGGCUAUCCGUGAUGCUAAAAUGGACAAAGCUGCCAUUCACGAUAUCGUCCUAGUCGGUGGAUCCACCCGUAUCCCGAAAGUGCAGAAGUUGCUGCAGGACUUCUUCAACGGUAAAGAACUCAACAAAUCCAUCAACCCCGAUGAGGCAGUUGCUUAUGGUGCUGCUGUCCAGGCAGCCAUUUUGCACGGUGAUAAGUCGGAGGAGGUGCAGGAUUUGCUGUUGCUCGAUGUUACGCCGUUGUCGCUCGGUAUCGAAACCGCUGGAGGUGUUAUGAGCGUUCUUAUUAAGCGAAAUACCACUAUUCCAACCAAGCAGACCCAGACCUUCACCACCUACUCGGACAACCAACCUGGUGUGCUGAUUCAGGUAUUUGAAGGCGAACGCGCAAUGACCAAGGACAAUAAUUUACUCGGAAAGUUUGAACUUUCUGGAAUUCCACCAGCGCCGCGAGGUGUUCCACAGAUCGAGGUAACCUUCGAUAUCGAUGCCAACGGUAUCUUGAAUGUGACGGCACUAGAGAAAUCGACCAACAAGGAGAAUAAGAUCACCAUCACCAACGACAAGGGCCGUCUCAGCAAAGAGGACAUCGAGCGAAUGGUGAACGAAGCGGAAAAAUACCGUUCCGAGGACGAGAAACAGAAGGAAACCAUUUCCGCCAAGAAUGCCUUGGAGUCGUACUGUUUCAACAUGAAAGCCACCAUGGAGGACGACAAACUCAAGGACAAGAUCACCGACAGUGACAAAACUUUGAUCAUGGACAAGUGUAACGACACCAUCAAGUGGUUGGACGCUAAUCAGUUGGCUGAGAAGGAAGAGUACGAACAUCGUCAGAAGGAGCUGGAAUCCGUCUGCAGUCCCAUCAUUACCAAGUUGUACCAGAGCGCUGGUGGUGCACCUGGUGGAAUGCCUGGAUUCCCAGGUGGUGCGCCAGGAGCUGGAGCUGGUGGCGCUGCCCCUGGUGCCGGAACCGGUUCUGGACCUACCAUCGAGGAAGUCGAUUAAACGACUACAAGAAACAUACUUAUAAAUAAAUAAAUAAAAUAAAUUUUUAACUCAAUUAUAGUUCUAA